AUGGAAUCAUCAUCUGUUAAGCUUAAUUCCAAAAAGCGAAAAAAGCAAUCCCCAUCACCACCCAUUCCUUUAAUCGGAAUCUUCACACGUAGCAAGUCUCAGUCAAGUAGCUCAAACCUAUUUUCCCGGAAAUUGAACUCUGUUCAACCCGGAGUAGUGGAGGAAACCGGGACAGAACCAGUAGAAGCUUUUCUGGAGUUAAAUAAUGAGAUUAGUUAUCGGAUAUCGUCCAUUAAAGAUCUUCGGGUCCAUAGGGUUUUCUCUCCGGCCGUUACUCCGAUUCUUGAGGAAGAGGAGGGGAAAAUAAAUGAGAAAUCAAACUUAUUACAGAAUAUGGAUCUGGGUGCGGAUUCAGAUCGUUUUACGGAUCUGAACGUGGGUAAUAAAAAGGUUGAGGAAAAUAAACAAUCUGGGGAGACAGUGCCGUCGGAGGCUGACGCGAAGGAAAAUAAUAGCAAAAAUGAUGUGAAUUUGACGAAGAAUGAGGCAAUUUCAGCAAAUGGGUCUAUUUCCAAAAGUAAAACGGUUAUAAAUGCAGGUUACAAAAGGAAGGUUUUCAAGACCCCGAGCUCUUUUAGCUAUAGAAGAUUGCUACCACAUUUGAUGGACAUUGUGAAAGAAGAGUCCAGUGUUUCAGAUAUUGAAAUAGUCGAUGUAGAAUUUCCAAAUAAAUUGCAGGAGUUCAGGAGUCCUGAAAUGCCUUCAAUCAUGGAAAAUGAUUGUGCUGCUAAAUUUGAGUGUAUUGGAGCACAGACUAAUCGUACAGACGAUUUCAAGGAUGAAGAGAUUCAAAAGUUUGAUAAAGAACAGCCCUGCACGCUGCAGAAUUUGAGUAGUGUAGAACAUCAGUUAAAGCAUAGAAGUCACGAGAAUGGUGCGAGUGGAGUUGAAGAUUCUGUGAAAGAAGAAGAGCAAAUUCUAAUGAAACCUGAUCCUAAUGUUUUCAGUGCAACAGCGGUAAGAGAUAGUGGGAGAAAUAUGGAAGUCAAAACUUUGCUUAUUGAGAGACCUAAUCUAAAGGGCACAAGAGUUGGGUGCACGAGUAUUGGCAAUAAAUCUUGCCAUAGUUCAAACGGGAAGGGUAACAUCAAUUUGAGGACUGAAAAGUUUCUUACUCCUUGUUCACAACCAAGGGUCUUCAAAACUCCAAGCUCAGUUAACUAUAGAAGACUGCUCCCAUAUCUGAUAGAAGUUGCAAAAGAGAACUCCUGUGACUCAAAAAUAAUCCAACACCGAAAGCCUCAGACAGAUUCGAAAGAUAUACAUCAACUAUCAUGUGGUACUUCUGAUGAAGAAAAUCCUGGGAAGAAGAUGAGGAUGGAGAGUUUCUCUAAGAAACCUCACACUGAAGAUGAGGAGCAAAAUUUACUCCCUGCUAUACUCCCCCCUGUCAAUGGUUCAUCCAGUGAUCCUGAUAAUAAUCUGAGUCCAUUGCACUCCACCAAUGAUUCUUCUAAAUUAAGGCCAAGUUCAAUUGUUGCUGAUGACACCACUGAUCUGAUCGUGCCACUUGAUUUACCCAAGGAAAGAACAUUGGCGGUUCAAAAUACUCCCCAGAAGUUUGAAUCAGAAAUUCCCCAUAAUGAUACCAUGGAUCAUGAAGGGAAAUCAAAUUAUUCAGCAGUUCAAUCUUGCUCUGUAGUUGAACGCGAUAUUUUGACAGAGGAAUUUUGUUCUAAACUCUUAGAACCUCAGCCAGUAGAUACAAAAAUAAAAUGCAUGGCUAUUAGUGUGGAAGCUCAUAAAUCCAAUGAAAAGCUUAUUCAAGAUGUUACUUUGUACCAAAGCCCGUCCCAAAUUGAAAUAUCUGAUAAUUUGGUUGCUCCGAUUGAUGGUCUUUUCAAGGGAGUACUAAAGAAAAAUCCAAAAGGGUGCGGAGGGCCUUGUAAUUGUCUGAACUGUGCUUCAUUUCGUCUUCACGCUGAGAGAGCAUUUGAGUUUUUAAGAAAUCAGAUGCAUGAUGCUGGAGAAGUUGCUUGGAGCUUGUUGAAGGAAUUAGCAAAUGUUCGUCAUAUAUUGGAAAAAUCUGCUGUUAAUUAUAACAAUCUUACAACCGUCCAACUUAAUCAGGUAAAUUAUACUUGAAACAAUGAUAAAAAAAAAAAAAUUAUGGAUUUUCUUGCUGUUGCUGUUUGGUCAUGCUCUAGUUGCAACUGAUUUCGGUCUUCCUCUGAACAUGUCUUCUGAAUCUUGAAAAUUUUUAUUUUUGAUAGACAGAGAACUUGUGCCUUAUUUAUGCUUGUGCGCUUUUCUACUGCAGCAUAUAGCCAUUUC